AUGGGGGAGAAAAUGGCUGCAGCCAGCCAGCGGGUGGGCAAAGAAAAUGCCAGCGAAGGGUGCACCCCGACAUUCCAUUCCAAGCAUGACUCUGCUUGCUGCCAGCUGGAGCACCACCUUGCAGAUGCAACCUUCAGAUCUCAGAUUGUGUGCAUACCACGUUUCAGCUUUGUAAAGACAGAGGAGUACGAAGUCCCCUGUGAUCAUGAGCUGGGCCCGAUCCUGCUGGUUCGCCUCCAUAAGGAGCCCUACUCCUUUUUCCCUGAGAGCAGCUGGUUUUGCAAUGCAGUCCAGGUGACGUCCCCCACGGGGGAGGUCUAUCGCUUCCCUUGCUACCAGUGGAUCGAGGGAUACUGCACGGUGUCCUUCAGAGAAGGUGCAGCCAAAACACCUUCGGAUGAUACCCACUAUCUUGAGAGGAGGCACCGCCGUGAUGAGCUACUUCUGAAGCACAACAGAUAUGGGUGGAAGGAAUACCUCCCAGGAGUUCCGUGGUGUGCUGAUAUUGAUGCAACCAGUUCAAUCGAGUACAAUCUCCAGUACUCUUUCCCCAAAUCCACCGCCUUCUUUGGGCGUGGGACAAGCGCGUUGUUUGAGACCAAAAUGAAAGGCUUCCUGGACAAGCCGUAUUCCUGGGGGCAACUGGAAGACAUCCGGAAGGUCUUCUGGUUCUACCACACCCCCGUUACAGAGUACGUCUUCAACCACUGGAAAGAUGAUGAUUUCUUUGGCUACCAGUAUCUGAAUGGAAUCAACCCUUUAAUGAUCCAGAAAUGCAACAAGAUCCCAGACAAUUUCCCUGUGACCCAGGAGAUGGUGGCUGGACCAUUGGAGGAAUCCAACCUCAAAGAAGAGCUGAAAAAAGGGACCAUCUUUCUGGUGGACUAUAAAAUCCUAGAGGGCAUUCCCACCAUCCAGGUGAACGGCAAAGACCAGUACAUUGCGGCUCCUCUGUGUCUGCUGCACCAAAAACCCAGUGGAGAGCUCAUCCCUCUCGCCAUCCAGCUCAACCAGCACCCAGGUCCCCAAAGCCCCAUCUUCUUGCCUACCGACAGCGAGUGGAUCUGGACGCUGGCCAAGACCUGGGUGCGCAACUCUGAAUUCCACGUCCACGAGGUGAUUGCCCACCUUCUCCGUGGCCACCUGAUGGCCGAGGUCGUCUCUGUGGCAACUCUGAGGCAGCUGCCACUGUGCCACCCGCUGUACAAGCUUCUGAUUCCUCACCUCCGAUAUUCAAUCCAUAUCAAUGUGUUGGCGAGGACUCACCUUAUCAACCAAGGAGGGACGUUUGACCGAGCCAUAGCAACUGGGCGUCGAGGGUUAGCCGUGCUGCUGAGAAAGGCCCUUGAAAACUUGACCUACACUGAUCUUUGCCUCCCUGAAGACAUUGAAGCCCGUGGCGUCGGGUCACUUCUUAAUUACUGCUACAGGGACGACGGAAUGAAAAUCUGGGAUGCCAUCGAGAGCUUUGUCUCCGGAAUAGUUGAACUCUACUACAAAAACAAUUUAUCCGUUCAGCGAGAUUAUGAGCUGCAGGCCUGGGUUUGUGAUAUCUUCACAAAGGGUUUCCUGGCCAAGAGGUCCUCAGGCAUCCCUUCCUCUUUGCGCUCUGUGCCAGAGCUGAUCAAGUUUCUGACCAUGGUGAUUUUCACUUGCUCAGCCCAUCAUGCAGCAGUAAACAGUGGGCAGUUUGAAAUGGGGGCCUUCAUGCCCAACUUGCCAUCAUCAAUGAGGAAGCCUCCACCCGAUGUUAAAACCCCGGUGACACUGGAGGAGUUCCUGGACAUCAUCCCUGAAAUGAACACCACCAGCCAGGUCCUCUCUGUCCUCUGGGUCUUGCGCAAUGAGGACUUUGACAUGAUACCGCUGGGGCAAUACCCCGAAGAGCACUUCACGGAGGAAGAGCCGAAACAGCUCAUCACGGCUUUUCAGGAGCGUCUGGCCCACAUUGCCGAGGCAAUCAAGAUGAGGAAUGAGUCCAUGACGUUGCCCUAUACCUACCUCUUCCCACCCAACAUCGAGAACAGCACAUGCAUCUAAUGCCCGGGCGGGGACGGAGGUGGGGGCAAUGCCUGGCACUGUUUCCAGACUAGCACACGGGUAUCCUGCACUGCUGAGCUUCUUCUCAUCCCUUCUCUUUGCUCCCGAGAUGGCAAAGCUAACGGGUGACCCCUCCCUCCACUGACAGAUGCCCUUGACCUGUCCUUCGUGCCCUCCACAGCUGCAGUUGCUCUGUAGACAAAAAUGAAGCAAGACACCCUGCAUCCACAUAGCUACGGUGGCCGGGCUAUAACCAAGAGAUUUGCAUGGUGGUUGCAUGGUGUUCUUGAAAUCAGCCACAAAGCGAGAGAUAAGGCAGACUCGCUUUCUCGCCUCCUCUUCUUUCUCCUGUGCUCGCUCUCCAACCUGCUGUAACAGAAGCAGGGGGAUGCAAAGUGGAAAGAACCUGGCAACAUGUAAAGACUCACUUUGUCUGGCAUACUGCACGCGGGGACAUCAGUAACGUUGCAUGCGUGCAGGCCCCACAAUGAUGUUACACGAGAGCAACCCCAUUGGAAAGAUUGGCAUUACACAAGGGUUGCGCCAUUUAUUAUUUAUUUAUUUAUUAGAUUUAUAUACCGCCCUUCCGAUACGGCUCAGGGCGGUUCACAACAUGAUAAAAUCAAAUUAAAAACAAAUUAACAAUUAAAAUCAAACUAUUAAAACACAAUUGGUAUUAUUGAAACUAUUAAAACACCAUUAUUAAAACUAUUAAAACACCCAACUAUUAAAACACGAUUGGCACCAUUUUUGCAUUUAUGCAACCUGUGCGCGUGCAAAAUCACAAUGUACUCUUGUGCAGUAUGUGGCAUUCCCUGUAACAGGGAUUCCCAGUGGUUGACUACAACUCCCAUCACCUUCAGCUACAAUAGCCUUUGGUUAGGGGUGAUGGGAGCUAUAGUCAACAACAUCUGGGAAUCCCUGUAACAGAGAAUACUGGCAGAAUGUCCACCGUUGUCUGGCAGUGAGGCGUGAUGGGAGAUUUUUUCGGACAAAAACAUGACGAGGGCAAUUUUUAAAUUGCCUAUCUUAGGCAAUGUGAAAUGAAAAUAUUUCAAUCCAAAUGGCUUUUCCUGGGGCGUUUUUAAAUGAAACGCUGAAUCUGAAAUACGUGUUUUAAUUUAUGACGUCAGUCCCUUUGAUUGCAGGGACACUCAAAACUAUGUACCUGGGUGCUGGAUCACGGGCUUUAUUUUUCCCCCCUAGUUAAGGAGGCUGCUAUUAUAUCCUUCAAACAACCUGCUCUUUCUCUCAUCAGCUGGCCAAUAUACAGCUGCUUUCUGCUGGCAUACGCAGCCUCCCACCGCAAACCUGCAUGUGCUAUCGAAGGGCAUGCUCUCUAAGCAUCUCCCCUGAGCACUUGAUUGCGCACGCUUCAAUCAACCCAUCAUCCCCUUUGGGUGCUUUUCCCCAGACACAUGAUUAUUCAUGCUUGUGAAAUAGAUGUGGUGUUUCUGUUUGUUUCACUCUUCCCAUGUGUGGAAGCGGGGCAGGCCUGGCCGUCACCGGUCUUGAGCUAGUUUUCCUGUCUGCUCAUUUCACUCAACAACUCUGCAGCUGGAGAGAGCCUUCGCCCAACUGUGGUGCAAAAAAAAGUCUGAGAUUAAAUAUUCUGUUCAUGUGUGA